AUGGCAGCUUAUCUUUUUUUCGAUGUUGAAAAAGUCCAGGCACCCCGCGUGUACAGGAAGAGGAUUGACCAGCUUGGCCGAUUCACGGAUGCUGAAACGGUAUCCAGGUAUCGGCUAAGCAAGGAAGAGAUCCGGAGGCUGGUGAGGGUGUUAGAGCCGGCGCUUGUUAGAUCCACCAACAGGUCGCACGCUCUGACCCCAACCCAGCAGGUACUGGUGGCUCUGAGGUUCCUCGCGACUGGGAGUUUUCAGUCAGUCGUAGGGGACAUUCAUGGUGUCAGCCAACCCUCAGCCUCAAGGGCAAUCCGUGCGGUGGUGGAAGCCAUUUGUGCUUCUGACGACCACUCUCUGUCUGUUCACUUUCCAAGUGAACAGGCCGAGGUGCGCAGAACACAAAAUGAAUUCCAUUCCAUCGCCGGAUUCCCGCGAGUGCUGGGGUGUGUGGAUGGCACCAUGAUUGCCAUUAAAUCCCCUACGGCUGACGUUGAAAACGCCUACGUCUGCCGCAAAGGCUUCCAUGCCAUAAAUGUCCAGGCUAUCUGUAAUGCUCAACUUAUAUUUACUGAUGUAGUGUGCAGAUGGCCGGGGAGCACCCACGACAGCUUCAUCUUUACCAACAGUGGGAUUGGCCAGCAUUUUGAAGGUAUGGACGCAGAGGAUAUUCCAGGAUUCCUCCUGGGGGAUUCUGGUUAUCCUCUGCGCCCAUAUCUCAUGACUCCCAAAGCCAACCCUCUAACAGGCCCUGAAACUAGAUACAACAGGGCACAUAUUUCAACAAGAAACAGCAUCGAGAGGGCCCUUGGUGUUUUAAAGAGCAGGUGGAGGUGUCUGGACAGAUCAGGGGGCAGCCUACAGUACUCCCCAGAUGUGGCCAGUAACAUCAUCAUGGCCUGUUUCAGGUUGCAUAACCUGUGCAUUCGUGCUGGACUCCCAUUACCAGGGGAUGUCCAGCAGUUGGAGCCUGAUGAGCUGCUCCCCCUCCUUGGCAAUGACCGUCCAGAUGGGUUCAGAGCCAGGGAGCAACUCAUCAUGCACAAGUUUUCAUAA